CAUUAUUAACGCAAACCGCAGUGUCCCGUCCUUUCCAUUCGGUGGCGCUGUCGGUUUUAAAGAAUAUCCUUAAAAGUUAAGUAGUUUGCAGUAGUUCUCAGUGCCAACCUGUUUCGUGUUAAAUAUGUCAGCCACGGUUCCAGAAGGUUCUGGAUCUACUGGCCCGGCAGGGAGUAAUCGCCGGCUACAGCAAACUCAGGCCCAGGUAGAUGAGGUUGUGGAUAUCAUGCGUGUCAAUGUGGACAAAGUCCUGGAAAGAGACCAAAAGCUGUCAGAACUGGAUGACCGGGCUGAUGCAUUACAGGCUGGAGCUUCUCAGUUUGAAACGAGUGCUGCCAAGCUGAAGAGGAAGUAUUGGUGGAAAAACUGUAAGAUGUGGGCAAUUUUGAUAGCCGUUAUUCUGACCAUUAUCAUCAUCAUCAUCAUUUGGAGUGUGUCCUAAAGAUGAACAAAGAAGUGGGAUACUUGGAGAAGACAAAAAGGAGAACUUAUUCCAAUGCUAAAUCGUUCUAACCUGCUGAGCUUUAGUUUAUUGUGGGAUGUUUUUUGUUUUGAUUUAUUUUUGGCAAACAGCUCAAAAGUGCCUGUAUUGGUUUGUGUGCGUGUGAGUGAGUGUGUGGUUUCUUUUUCUUAACCAAAAAAAGUGUAUAUAUACACACACACACACACACACACACACACACACACAUGUGUUGUCAAGAACCAUAACCAUUUGUUUAAUAUUAAUCCUUUAAAAAGACUAUGUCCCUUAUGAUAAAUUUGUCAUGUGAAAAGUGCCAAGCGCUCUUGAAAUUUUUUGCUUUUAUUCUAGUCCUUAGAAUUCUUGUACAUUAAACUGCAAUUGCUAAAUGUAACAUUUAAAGUUGUAGAUCUGAAGAUGCUUAACAUGGAUAAAUAAACUGAUUCAACCACUUUUAAUCACCAAA